AACUUUUUUAAUAUUAAUCUAUUAACUUUCAAUUUUGAUCCACUUCAAUGUGAAUAUUUUCCCCAAUGUACGUUUGCUCACUUUGGAAAUGUGUGAUAUUUGUACAGACGUCAUCGAACUGCUGCAAAGAUAUGAAAAUGAAAUUAAGAAAGGAGAACUUCGAUAUUUAUUUAGGCAGGAAAUGAACACAUUAUGUUCUUAUGUGCAAUCAUGGAUGCAAAGGCAAUGUACGUGCUGUUUCAAAGAUCCCAAAAACUUUGACAGGUUUAAUGCUCUUGUUCAAGGACUAGCGUUAAGUAUCAUAGAAAUUUUACAUCAAAUCGCGAAAGAUAUUAAAUUAGUGAAAUGUGAUCCAUCAUCCUCUACCGGCCAUGCAAACAUCGGUGACUUUAGGAAAAAUACUUCAGAAAUUGAGAGCAAGGACUCAAAAGAAAAGGAUCAAACGAUUAAUUAUGUCUCUUCGGAAGAAACGGAAAAAGGUUCUCCCGAGUUCAAGUCCGAGCAGGAUCUCAUGGACGAAAACUGGGCUUCGUGGAGUAUAGAAGACAGAGAAAAAGUACUCAACAUGUUCUCUAAAGUGUUCCUUCUUAAUUUUCCCUUAUAUAUGGCAUUCAAGCACAGCAUGCAAUCAAAACUUGAUGACAUGGACAUCCCAGUUUAUUUGUUGCGGAAUGUUUGCUUCUUUUGUGAUAAAGGUGGUUUAAAAUUAUUUAUUUCUUGCUUCCAAGAUGCCACGCCGGAAAAUUUACCCAUGACUUUGGCCCACGCCAUGAUUACUGUUAUAUCAAAUGUAAGCCUUUGGAUGAAUAUAGGCUCCAUAAUGCAACAUCUAGUCCCAUUAAGGUCUUGUGUAAUAAGGUAUUUGUGCUUGGUGAAAGAUAGUCAUUUAAGGGACGUCGGCAAUCGCAAUAUGUUCGAGUUCAUGUGGACUGCUGUGAAAGAUCCAUUAGAUGCUCAUGCGACCUUUGACAAAGAAGGGUUGGACUUAGCUUUUAAAUAUUUUAGCAGUACAACUCUGACGAUGAGGCUUGCUGGUAUAUCUCAAAUAAAUAGUCACAUCAGUAUGUACAAUGAGCUUUGCCAUAACGAAAGUUUAGUGGAAGCUGAAACUAUAGGUAGCGCUCUUGCUGACUGGCUAAUAGAAAAUAAAAUAAUUGAAUGUAUAUUUGGCCCAAAUCUUCAUGUUGAAUUGAUCAAGCAGAGCCACAUAAUUCUGAAUUUCCUUGCAAUGGAAGGCCGAAUCACGAACGACCACGUAGAUGCCGUUUGGUCGGCAGCCCAGUUGAAGCACUGUAGCAGGCAGGUUCUGGACCUGUUGCCACCCUUAAUAAAAAAUCUAGAAGUAGCACCUGUUCUUCAUUUAUAUAAAUUAUUGUGCAAUGUGGAAACUAAGGAACAAACGGAACAGACUUUACUUCUAGCUUCUGCUUUAAUCAAAUUCAUUUGGUCAAAUGGCAAUACAUCUUCGGGAAUGAUCGUUUCAGAGAUGGGUGAUCAUCCGAAUGCCCAUAGUCCGUUUUCUGUGCUCAUGAAAGGAGCCAUGCACAUGGGCGUCAGUGGGUCAGACAUUUCUGGACUGAUUAGGAAGCGAGAGCCCAGUAGCAGUGAGAGGAGUGUGAGCAUAGAGGCAAGCAACAGUGAAGACGAAAGAAGUGAUCUGGACAGCUCCCAGGUGAGCGACCGCCCUCGGAGCAGCAUCGAGGGCAGCGAGCACACCAACGGCAGCCCCUCCAGCAGCCCCUGCGACGUGGAGCGCCACAAGCGGCUGCUCCAGCAGGCGCAGCGCAAGCGCAAUGCCUCCCAGCGCCACCAGGACGGCCGCAAGUGGCGCCACGCCUGCCCCGUCCGCGUGCGCCAGUCCAUCUUCGUCGAGAGCAAGGCGCCGUUCGCCGAGAACAGCUCCAGCGGGGAGGACAGCGAGCUCAGCAGCGUGACGGACGACAGCCUCCAGAGCGACACGGACAACGCGGACUGCUCGGAGGAACCCCCGCCGGCGGAGGGCAAGGCGGAGAACUCGGAGGACUCCGGCCGGGAGGGGGCCGGGCCGUGCAAUAUCUGGAGCCGGAAGGUGAUCCGGCGGAAGCGGGCGAGGUUCGUCGCCGGCAAGAAGCGGGCCAAGAAGCGCCAGCCCGAGCUCUCCGAGGAGAGCGUGGAGAACUGCAAUCCCGACGUGCACGGGACUUCUCCCGUGCACUGCGUCACCUCGGUGAAGGACGGCAAAUUCGCCGGCAAUCCCGGCGAGCACAAACAUUCUGACGUUUCGCCUUCAACGGACAAAAAACUUUCUGUCGGUCCCCCCGCCCCCCGGAUCCUCCCGGAGCUGGUGAAGGCCGUCCUGGAGAGGGACGAGAACAUGGCGGGCUUUAACGAGGGGAUGGAUCCUGAUUACAAUAAAGCUAAAGUACAAUAGAUGGCAAAAAUGCAAAAAAAAAAAAAAAAGACAACUUUACAGGACCUGGUGGAAGACAUCCUGAGUCCGGACGAGGGCAGCUGUGGCAGCUCCAGGGUCAGCAACAAGUCCGAGAAGAACCUGGCCGAUUUCGAGGGGGAAGAAGAGAGCGGGUGCGAGGACGAACUCGUGCGACUGUCCGCUCGAGCCCACCCCCUGGCUCACACGUCCAACGCACCCCCCAGGGUGAGGAUAGACCACUUCGAGCUGGACGCCGUCUGCGAGCCGGGACAGACCCUGCUGUGGGAUAUCCUGCAAGAUGACCGGAUAGGUCAGCUCAGUGAAGGUUUGUCCGUAGAGGCUGAAAAGAUAUUGUGCAAUCUUGUUUGUUGGUCCACUGAUAAAAUGAUCCGUAUGAAAUUUAUAGAAGGAUGUUUGCAAAACAUAGCCAACAAUAGAUCUGUUAUCAUUUCUAUGCGAUUGUUACCCAAGUUGUUUGCUUCUUUUCAACAAUUUCGAGGCAGUAGUGAUACUCAUUCAGUCACAAUCUGGGCUGAAAAGGAGCAUAAAAUGAUGAAACACUUUUUUAAUAAUCUUGUAAAUUAUACUUCUAAUCGAGCUGAUAGCAAAUUUAAUAUGUAUUCUCAUAAAGAUGAAAUUCAAGUUCGCCUGCAUUUUUUAACGUGCGUUUUUUCUACGGCUGGCUCUCCUGAAAAUUUUCGUUUAAAUCAUGAACAAGUCGACACUUUAUGGCAGUGUUUAGCAACUGACCCAGAGUGUGCUGAUGAACUAUUUGGUUGGCUCUUGAACCAAGCAAAAAGCAAAGAUCAACACGCUCUUAGCAUUUCUCUAUUUAAGCAUGUGCUGUUGGAAAAGAUGCCUCAGCUACCUCCCGAAUCCACUAGCAUGAUGGCUCUCAACCUCCUGCAGCAGCUGAGCAGCAUAGCUCACUUGGCCACUGCCUCUUACGACACCCCUUCGUCUGCAGCUGAUGUUAGUGGAAUGAGACAACUGUGGGGCAUCGCCCUACGUGCUCUAAAUACAGAUGUCAGCAUGGCAGCCAUUCAGUACCUGAAUAACUACUACAUAAAUGUACAUCAUGGAACAUUAGAAAAAGAAGAAGAGUUCAUUGAGCAUUGUAUGGAAAGCCUCAUGAAUGCAUCCAAGCAAACACAAGAGGCUGAAGAACAUAACUUGAUGAUCAUACAAAGAGCUUUGCUGCUGCUAAAAACUCACAUUGAGGCAUUUAGGCGCAGAUAUGCAUAUCAUUUAAGAAGAUGGCAGCUAAACGGUCACGGCAUCAACAGCCAUCGCUCCACCCUAGCGGAAAAGCAAGCCUGCACGUUGAGGAUCAUUUGUCAACCUGCUGGUUUGCAGGAAAAAAUUACUAUUGAACUUCAAAACUGUGAUACUGUUGCUGAUUUGCGUGCAGAAGUAACUCAAUGGUGGGAACAACUGCAGGCAAAGCACAAAAGAGACAAUACAAAUGAUGCUAAAACUGGCAAUUCCUCCAAAGUGAAUGGACCUUCCAGUGGUAAUGUGUGUCCCAUUUUGGGCACAAUGCUAUCUGAUGGACCAAUUCGCAUGAUUUCCCAAGGACAAGAGCUUACGUGGGACCUUGAUGAAAAAGUUUUGUCAGAACUAGGUAUCAAGGAUCACCAGCUGGUAUUUGUUUCGGUGGGUGCUCCCCGUCAGUCUAGGCGGAGAGAAGGCUUGGAACCUGCCUCCACUCUACCUCCACCUCCCCGAGAUAAGUUGCCCAUGGUUCUACUUUUGAAGACCCCAUACUUUGAGCAACUCUUUGGACUCAUGCAACACCUUGGUUCAUUCAGAACACUGGCUGACUCUGGGAGCUCUCUUCCUCAUACGAAAGCACAAGUGCUCUCCAGACGUGUUUGGGAGAUUCUGAUGAUGUUACCAACUUCACCAACUAUGUUAAAAGGCUUCAAAGAUAUGAAUAAGGUAUAAACUCUAAUAAAUCCCAAAAGCUCUCAAAAAUUAAUGUACUCUUUACAAAUUGUGGACUCCCUACGGCAAAAUAAGGUUGAGCCUUUAGAACUUCUUACAGACAACUGUAAAAAAGAGAAAGAGUCUUUGAUUGAAAAGGAUAUUUUAUGGUCUGUGAAGUUUGUAAAAUGCGGAGGCCUCAACCAUCUGUUUGAUAUUUUUAUGUCUGGAGUUUUGCAAUCUCGAGAAGGUGGAGAUUGGAAUGAAUGGAAUCAAGACUGUAUCGCCUGUCUGUUAAGGCUUAUUUAUCAGUUUGGAAUUGAAAGCAAUGACGAAGAACCUCAUGAUAGUGAAUUACCAAGAAAAAGAGCCAAGAGGAUACGAAAAAGUAGCAGCGACAAACUGAUUAUACCAAAGCUCAAUAAAGUCAUGCUACAAAUAAUGAAUGACACAGAAUCGGUCCUGAAGGCUCUUCUCUCCCUGCUCUGCGAAGCAUCUUCACCCAGUGAUCCAAACCAGUACAAGACUGGGUUCUGGGGCCGUGCUCAGGUGGUCUCUUGUGCCAUGACCCUCCUGGUAUCUUGGGCCUUCUCAGAGCCACAAGUGCGUGUCCAUCUGUUUCAGUAUCCUGAAUUGAAAUCGCUCCUGAAAAGACUGGUUCUGGACGAUCCUGAACCAACACUACGGAGGGAAGCCUGUACCGGUUUUUAUCGUCUUUGUCUUGGUUGUAAUACAGAUGGCAAUAACGGAUACCAUUUUGUGAUUCCCCUCUUGAACAACCUGUUGACUUUUUUAUCAGUUGCCCAGAACAUGAAACCACCUCACCCUGAUGAGGAGGAUAAAGAGCCUUAUGGCCCUGGUUGCAAAGACUACUUUUGGUUGGUGUGUCGACUGGUCGACAGUUUGGAUGAAGAUGUUUUUCAAGACAAUGAAGAGAAAUCCGCAUUAGAUUUGGAAAGCCUUGCCAGGUACUUAGCAAAAUCCAUCACUGGCCGCGACUACAGGGAAACUAGGCAUAACACCAUUGAAGACGAUGGUUUGAGGGGCCUCAUAAAUUUAAUGACUGUAGUGAUGAAGCACAACCUUUGUUUUAAAUGCUCCAAGGAAGGAAAGGAAUUGGUCCUGCAUUUAUUUGAUGCUCUAUUUGCCCUGCCUAGUCCAAAGCAAAGGCAUUUACCCAAAUGUAAGUCACCAUCUGUACGUUCGGCUGCUUAUGAUCUUCUGGUUGAGAUGUUAAAAGGUUCCUUUGAAAAUUAUCAAGUGUUGCAUGAAAAACUCAUACUGCAACAUACUCCAGAGUCUCAUAACCCCUAUCCAUGGGAUUAUUGGCCUCAUGAAGAUGGGCGUGCUGAAUGUGGUUAUGUGGGUCUCACGAACUUGGGCGCCACUUGUUACUUAGCCUCCUGCAUCCAGCAUUUAUACAUGCUGCCACAGGCACGGGCAUCUAUUUUAUCUGCUAAGAUUGAUGAAAACUGUAAGCAUGAAAAUACCUUACGAGAACUACAGAGAAUGUUUGCCUACUUAUUGGAAAGUGAGCGUAAGGCUUACAACCCUCGGAGCUUCUGCAAAGUAUACACGAUGGAUCACCAGUUAUUGAACACUGGUGAGCAAAAGGACAUGGCUGAAUUUUUCACCAAUCUUAUCAGUAAAUUAGAAGAAAUGACUCCAGAGCUUAAAGAAUUGGUAAAAACGUUGUUUUGUGGUGUUGUCUCCAAUAAUGUUGUUUCGUUAGACUGUCCUCAUAUUAGUAGAACUUUAGAAGAAUUUUAUACGCUACGUUGCCAGGUGGCUGACAUGAGAAAUUUAUUUGAUUCAAUUGAUGAAAUAACUGUUAAAGAUACCCUUGAAGGUGAUAACAUGUACACUUGUUCCCAGUGUGGCAAAAAAGUUCGGGCAGAAAAAAGGGCUUGUUUAAAAAAGUUGCCUAAAAUUUUAUGCUUUAAUAUGAUGCGCUACACCUUCAGCUUUGUUACAAAUACCAAGGAAAAAGUAAACACACACUUCUCGUUUCCAAUGCAGCUCGAUAUGUCAAAUUACAUGGAGAAAAAUCUUAUGCCAAAACAACACAUUGACAAUGAAGACUCGGGUGGCCCAGUUUCUGAGGAGGAAGGGUACGAGUAUGAAUUGAUUGGCGUCACUGUUCAUACGGGUAAUGCAGAGGGAGGUCAUUACUACAGCUUCAUACGGGAGAGAAAUCAACCUGGUAAAGACAAAUGGUUCCUGUUUAAUGAUUCUGAAGUGAAACCUUUCGAUCCUUCUCACAUUGCAGCAGAAUGUUUUGGCGGAGAAAUGACGAGUAAAACCUAUGAUUCUGUGACUGACAAAUUUAUGGAUUUUUCUUUUGAGAAGACCAACAGUGCAUACAUGCUUUUUUAUGAAAGAUUGGGUUCAAAAACCAACAAGAAUCUGUCAUCUCAUACUACUGCAAAAACUUCUGAAAGUGUUCAAGAUCUGGCUCCUCUGAUUGAACUCUCUUCAGAAUUGGCAGAGUGGAUUUGGCAGGAUAACAUGCAGUUCCUACAAGACAAAAGUUUAUUUGAACAUACUUAUUUUGAUUUCAUGUGGCAGAUUUGUAGUCAUAUACCUCAAACAUUAUCAAGUCAUAACGACAUCACUUUGCUGUCGGCCAAACUCGGGACCUCAUUUGUCUUAGAAACUCUAAUACAUGCUAAGGAGAAACCAACGAUUGCACAGUGGAUUGAGCUUCUGACUAAGCAAUUUAACACAAGUCAGGCUGCUUGUGAGUGGUUUUUGGAUCAUAUGGCUGAAAACAGUUGGUGGGCAGUUCAAAUUUUAAUCAAGUGUCCAAACCAAGUUGUUCGUCAGCUGUUUCAAAGACUUUGUAUUCAUGUGAUAAACCAAUUAAAGCCCAUACAUUGUGACCUGUACCUUCAACCUUUCCCCGACAGGUUUUCUGUGCCAGUCAUUCCUAAAGAAGAUUUAACUAAACUGACUGAAAUUGGGAAGUUUUCUUGUGUUACAAGAUUCAUAAAAAAACUCAUUUCACUGAUUGAGCAUGGUGCAAAGCAACACUUGAAGCAUUUGACUGAGUACUUCUCCUUCCUGCUGGAGUUUGCUAAAAUGGGGGAGGAGGAAUGCCGUUUUCUGCUUGCUGUUGAAGCCAUGUCGACCAUCAUCAAUUUUUAUUUAGGACAGAAGUCACUGGCUGAUUACGUGGAUGUGUUAUCAGACGAGGAGGAAGAUGAGGAUGAUGAAGUCGUUUCCUCUGUAGAUGACAAAUACAAGCCAGCCUCGUUGGAGAAAAUGAUAGCUCUGAUUGCGCUGUUGAUUGACAAGUCCAGAGUUGAGGACAACCUGCAGCUAAAUCUCAAUGACAUCAAUGCAAUCACUGGUGGGAAGAUAUCACUAGCCAAAUGUCCUUUUCCUUUUUUGUGUCAACAAAUUAAAGACGGGAUUAAUUUGCGGCAAACGUGCAGCAUCAUUUUUAGUUUGUGCCGGUGGAAUGAUAGCCUUGCUUCAAUGAUUGUGAACAUGAUUUUUUAUACAAUAAUGAAGCAGCAGGAGAUCAGUCCCCCAUUUUUCAAGCUGAUGUCCAUGCUAGUCGAGUUUGCUGGAACUCCCGGUUCUCCUUCAUUUAUAAGCCUUAUACUGCAAAGGAUAUGGGAGGCUGCAGAAUACUGUCCACAACAGUGCCUGGAAUGGCUGACUCUACAAGUUCCUCGUAACAAAGUUGCGCAUUCUUGGGUCUUGCAGAGCAUGGACAACUGGGUGGAACGAUUUCUGAUUGCUCAUAACGUUCAACGUGUCCGAAAUGUGGUUGCCCUUCUCUUAGUAUCUCUAGUCCCUAGCAAUAACUUCCGCCAAGCUUAUCGAGCUGCAAGGAGUGUUUUAAUGCCUCAUAAAGAAAUAGUUAUGAAUGCUGAAGCUUUAGAAGUUAUGCACAAAAUAUUUGAAAUGCUGUUACGUUUGCUAAAAAGAGCAAAACUGUAUGUAGAUCCAACGGUUCAUGGAACUGCAAAACUAACCUCAUACUUUGCUGUGAUGACAUACUGUUUAGUGAGCAAAACAGAAAAACUCAUGUUCAGUAUGUAUUUCCUGGAUCUUUGGAAUUUGUUUCAGCCUAAACUUUCUGAACCUGCAAUACCUGUACAUAUGAAUAAACAGGCUUUGUUGUUAUUUUGGUAUCAUGUGUGUACAGACUGUCCAGAGAAUGUUAAACUUAUUAUACAGAAUCCUCAUGUUAUAAAGAAUAUAGCUUUUAAUUAUAUUUUAGCGGAUCACGAUGACCAGGAGGUCAUCGUCUUCAACCGGUGCAUGCUUCCCGCUUAUUACGGGCUGCUACGACUCUGUUGCCAGCAGUCGAGGCCUUUCACCAGGCAGCUGGCCAAUCAUCAGAAUAUCCAAUGGGCUUUCAAGAAUAUUACUCCAUACACUACGCAAUAUAACGCAGCAGUGAACGAACUCUUCAAAUUGAUGCGACUUUUUGUGACCAAGUACAGCGAUGCCAGCGAACAAGAGCUCAGGGACAUCCAUUUGUUCAAGAGGACCACCCUGAGACUGUACCUGACUGUGCUGGAUGCUCGGGCCUGCUGGUCCACCCUCAUCAAUGUCCUGCGUAUUUUAGUCGAGACGACAGAUGACAGACUUUUUGUGAUAUACAACAAUGGGUUGUCCAUGCUUUUUCAGGCAUUUUAUACCCUUCACAUGAUGUACCAUGAAGCAACAGCUUGCCAUGUGACUGCAGAUAUGGUUGAUUUGCUGGCCAUAGUCCAGGACCUCCUGAAGACUGCACGAGCCAACAGGGAAACUCUGGAGUUACGGCAGUUUUUCUCGACCUGGAAGGAGCAGCCGGAAGGGAUGAGGAAAAUCCUUACGCUGCUCAAUUCAUAUACGCCCCCUGAAUUGCGCCAAAUUUGUAUAGAAGUUUUACAAGAAUUUGUGUUACUGUAUCCUAACGAGAGUUUGUCGACGUUGGUUCCUCUUCUUGCGAGUUGCCAUGCUACUUUUCAAGAAAGUAACUCACCAGGCAUCACCGGUCCAUUUUUCCCAAGGAGAGGCCAAAAACUUCUUAAUUCCAAACAACAGAGUCGACCAGCCAGGCCUGUCGUUCAGAUGUUUCUUCAUACAAAUCAACUAGAAUGUGCAAAAGGUGUGGAUGAAGAUUAUGACCAUCAGUUGAUUGAUUUCUUUCUCCCUUAUCAUCAGUUGGUGGACUUGUUGUGUAGGGUUGCAAUUUCCAAUGAAAGUGUAACCACAGAUCUUGUUAGUCUAAGUGCAAUGCUCGCAAUAGAAGGCGUUCCUCUACAUUUGCCAGCCUUUCCUAAACUAUGGUUAGAUAUUAUCCAAUCAGAAGUUGGAAGGGAAUUCAUACAACUCUUGUGUAAUAGCAGUUAUUUUAUUGAUUACUUAGAAUCCGUUCUUUUAGAUGAACGAACCUGCUUAAAUCAUCCUAUCAUUUUUCAAUUAUUCUCUGUUCUAUUACCCAAGCAACAAGCUCUGGGCUUCUUCCAGAUUGGUCCUAGAUAG